CUGCGGUGUUCCCCGCAGCCCAUUUCACUGGCUGUCCUGUAUUCCAAGAGGCCGGCAUCUUCAGUGUGAGCACCUGGCUGUGACAGCUUGUGGCUUCACAGCCGGGUACCAACUACGCAUGCGUGAGUAGCGCUGCACUUCAUGAAUGGUCCUGUAGUCUUCUCGGACCUGUCACAUGUCCCAAAAGACUACAGGGAUGGACGGAGGAUACCUUCUUAUCACCUAGGCAAUCAAAGUGGGAGCGGUAGCGGGUACCUGAGUUUGACAGGUACCCGCUUC